AUUUACACAGUAUUUAUCCACAAAACGUUGCUAUCGGGAUUGAGGUGGGUUUGUCUUGCAUCAAAGCGGGACCAGCGACAGCCAGACCCAAUCCCAAUCGCGCCGCCCGCUCGCCCUGACCCUGCUUUCUCUACAACUUCCCUCAACUUAUUUACUCCCCCCCUCCUUCCCCUCCUCGUCUUCCUUCUUUUUCCUCUUCUUCUCCUCCUCAAUUACUCCUCCUUCCUCCUCAAUCCUCAUCUCUCUAUUUUCUCUCCCUCUAUUUCAUUUGUCAGUCAGCUGUGUCUGUGUCUGUGUGGCAGCUCGUACCUGACCUUUGCUACUCCUAUAUUCCUCCCCACUUCAUUACCCCUCCUCCACGUCAUCAUGUCUGUCCAGACCGUCUCCAUUUCCCCCUUCUCCGACCAGAAGCCCGGAACUUCGGGUCUUCGUAAGAAGGUCAAGGUCUUCCAGCAGCCCCACUACUCCGAGUCCUUCAUUGCCAGCAUCAUCCUCUCCAUCCCUGAGGGCGCUAAGGAUGCUUUCCUCGUCAUUGGUGGCGAUGGUCGUUACUACAACACCGAGGUCAUCCAGAAGAUCGCCAAGAUCAGUGCUGCCUACGGUGUCAAGAAGCUGCUGGUCGGCCAGAACGGCAUCCUCAGUACCCCCGCUGCUAGCAACCUCAUUCGCAAGCGCCAAGCUACCGGUGGUAUCCUGCUGACUGCCAGUCACAACCCUGGUGGUCCCGAGAAUGACUUCGGUAUCAAGUACAACUUGACCAACGGAGCCCCCGCCCCCGAGUCCGUCACCAACAAGAUCUACGAGACCUCCAAGACCCUCAACUCCUACAACUACCUUGACAUCCCUGAUGUCGACAUCUCCUCCAUUGGCAGCAAGACCUACGGUCCCCUUGAGGUCGAGGUCGUCCACUCUACCUCCGACUACGUCACCAUGCUGAAGGAGAUCUUCGACUUCGACCUCAUCCGCGACUUCCUCAAGACCCACAAGGAUUUCAAGGUCCUGUUCGAUGGUAUGCACGGUGUUACUGGACCCUACGGGGUGGAUAUCUUCGUCCACGAGCUGGGUCUGCCUGAGAGCAGCGCCAUGAACUUCGAGCCCAAGACCGACUUCGGUGGUGGCCACCCCGACCCCAACCUGGUCUACGCCCACGAGCUUGUUGAGCGGGUCGACAAGGAGGGCAUCCACUUCGGGGCUGCUAGCGACGGUGAUGGUGACCGCAACAUGAUCUACGGUGCCAACACCUUCGUCUCCCCUGGUGACAGUCUGGCCAUCAUCGCCCACCACGCCAAGCUGAUCCCCUACUUCCAGAAGCAAGGCGUGUACGGUCUUGCCCGCUCCAUGCCCACCUCUGGUGCCGUCGACCGCGUGGCAGAAGCCCAGGGUCUCAAGAGCUACGAGGUGCCCACCGGCUGGAAGUUCUUCUGUAACCUGUUUGACAACAAGAAGAUCUCCAUUUGCGGUGAGGAGAGUUUCGGUACCGGCAGCAACCACAUCCGUGAGAAGGACGGUCUGUGGGCCAUAGUGGCCUGGCUCAACGUCAUCGCUGGCGUCGCCAAGCAGAAGCCCAACGAGACCCCCAGCAUCGCCUCCAUCCAGAAUGAGUUCUGGCAGACCUACGGCCGCACCUUCUUCACCCGCUACGACUACGAGAACGUCGACAGCGACGGUGCCAACCAGGUCAUCGCCACCUUGGCCAAGUACGUCGACGACAAGAGCUUCGUCGGCUCGACCGUCGCUGGCCGCAAGGUCGCUGACGCUGGCAACUUCUCCUACACCGACCUUGACGGCAGCGUCUCCAAAAACCAGGGUCUGUACGUCAAGUUCGACGAUGGCAGCCGCUUCGUUGUCCGUCUGUCCGGCACUGGCAGCAGCGGUGCUACCAUCCGUCUGUACAUUGAGAAGCACGAGAGCGACGCCAGCAAGUUCUCCCAGAAGACGGACGAGUACCUCAAGGACAACGUUGCUCUGGCACUUGACCUUUUGAAGUUCAAGGAGUUCAUCGGCCGCGAGGAGCCCGACGUCCGGACCUAGAGCAUUUGAAGUACAUACAUACCAUCUGCCUAGUCUAUAUGAGUCUACGGAAAUAAGCACGUUGUUAAUAGCGAUAGCAAAAUAAUAUACCUGCGUACUGUGUA